AGCCAGUGAGGACCCACCCUCGUCACUCAACAAAUGCGCCAGUACGUACCUAAAGAACCCGAAACCUCCAACCCAUCUGACUUUCCAAGCCCUGUUUGGUUCCUGACGACAAACCUGCCCGGGUCUCCUGAAGUCCCAAUUCGUACCACAAACAACAUCAGAAGAGACUAAUUGGAAGGAAAACAACCUCAAGAAGGACGAACGAACAAGUAACGGUUGCGAGAGACUGGCGCAACCCGACGCUUUACACCACAGCCAGUCCAUCCACCAUGGAUCCUCACGACCUGGACCCUCGGGACCACCGACCUGGUCAAGAAGUCGUCGGACAAGGACGCUGCCACCCGGCCCGUAGAGGUGAAUGAAGAGAACAAAGACCAGGAAGGUGGUGACCAGUCAGCACAAGGAGGCGACGGCAUCAACGCUAAUCCCGACGAAGGGGUCCCGCCAACGACUGCCACAGGUAGGCCGCCGAAUGGCAACGGGGCCACCAACAACAUGCCCAAGGUCAAGACGAGCAUGAACGCCUUCAUUCAGAAGCUGCUGCAGUCCGCCAAGGCCGGCUCGGCCGACAAGCGUCUCCUGUCGCUGCUGCAAGAGUGCGCUGAGACCGAGUCGCUAGCCGAGAGCAUGCCCGAGCUUGUCGAGUCACUAGCGCCUUCUAACGGCGGUGAUGGCCAGGGGCCCGACGAGAGCGCCGAGGCUGACGAAGCCGAGGAGGAAGCGGCGGCCGAGGCGGACAAAGUGUACCAGGGCCUCAAGGCGCGCCUGAUCCUGGGCGAUGCCGCACUCGAGACACUUCUGGAGCUAACGACGACGGACACGUUCGAGUCGGUGGUUUCGCCCAAUACAACGAACACGGAAGGCUUCUGGGGCAAACUUUGGAACGGCAUCAAGGGGGUUGGAAAGGGCGCUCUCAAGGCCGCCCCCGGCAUCAUUGUCUCGGCGGCCGGGAGUGCGCUCAUGAAGAAGAUUACCGAGGCUAGUGAGGCCGGCGUUGGCACGGGUCCCAAUCCAGAUGGCGGGUCGGGCGGUGAUGGGAACUCAGGCGAGACGGGUGGUGAGGGUGGCAAUGAUGACGAGGCCGGCAAUGAUGACGAGGCCGGCAAUGAUGACGAGGCCGGCAAUGAUAACGAGGCCGAGGAGGAUCCGGAGCAUGAGGCCAUGGACAGCUUCGAAGAUUGGAUGAAAGGUCAGUCAAAGCAGACCCUGUGUGUCUUGCAAGUUCAGCAUCAUCCUGAAGUUCUCGAACUUCUGUCGGGAGAGACACUUGGUGAGGCCGUCAGCCGGCAUCUGGGCCGUCGGAAGGUAGGUCACAAUGAACUUCCCAGCCGCGUAUUCUUGACGCAGCCACAUAUUCUGGAUAUCAAUAUGACGGAGGCGCGUACUGAUCCUAGCGUUCUCGCCAACAACCAGACGAAUGGUCUGCUGAUUGUCACAGAAUAUAGUCAUGAGCUGGCCAAGGUCGAGACUGAUACAGCGGAACAGCCUCUCGAGAGCGAGAGCUUCCUUGGCAGUGUGCUCAAGGGCGAGAAGCUCAGCUUCUGUGAUGACUAUGGGUUCAUCGAAGACGACGAUGGUGAAGAGGGACUGUUACAAACCAACGAUGAUGACCGCUGUGUGGAUAUAGACUCGCUCCUCGCGCUCUACAAAGAGGGUACUCCAGACUUAGAGCAGUAUCUCGCAUCCACUGACUAUUCCAGUAGCCCGCCGAACGAUCUGGCCAAGCUACAAUGCGAAUCCCUUGAUCGACGUAACGAGAAGAUAGCUACGGCGCAUGGCACACAAUACAAGAUUAGUUAUACGCUCUUGAAGCAGUACCAGUACGAAGUUCAGGAGUUGAAGCGACAGAUUGAGGCUACAAGCGGAGCAUCGAAGACGAAACUGACCAACGACCUACAUACCACUUUUGCUCAAAUUCACAAGUAUCUAGUGAAUGGCAAUCUGCCCACCCGCUGGGCAAACCUGUUGGGUGCACCCCCACCGCCAGAAAGCUUUGAUUCAUCGCUCCCUUCCGCCUGGGAUCGUCUGUACAAUGGCUUUCCCAGAAAAACGAAUGAUCAAUAUGAUUUUCAUAGCUUGGGCCGAACCACACGGGCUCCAGCGAGAAAAAAUCUUGGCUAUGACGCCCUACGGUCUUGA